AUGAUGCGGCGAGUAACUUCUUCAUUACCAUCGGCACUGAAGCUUGGUAGAAGCUUAGGGCCCAACGUCCGCUUCAGUGGGGGAGCGGCGGCCGUUGAAGCGUCUCCCGCAAUCCCACCGAACUCCUCUUCUGGAAAAACGCUUGUCCGUAACAUGAAACCGCGUGAACUGAUGCAGGAGCUGGACAAUUAUAUUAUUGGACAGACGGAGGCGAAGAAAGCGGUGGCGGUGGCGCUGCGUAACCGCUGGCGUCGCCACCAGGUGGACGCGGCGAUCCGUGAAGAAAUUUCUCCCAAAAAUAUAUUAAUGAUAGGUCCUACGGGUGUUGGGAAAACAGAGAUUGCGCGACGUCUGGCCAAGUUGGUGGACGCUCCGUUUAUUAAGGUGGAGGCGACAAAGUUCACCGAAGUGGGAUUUCACGGCCGAGAUGUGGAGAGCAUCAUCGAAGACCUCUACAAGGCCUCGCUCACGCAAACAAAACAAAAUAUCAUGAGACGGCAUGAAGAAACGGCACGACAGAAGGCGGAGAAUCGCAUUCUGAAGGCCCUCGCCGGCGUUUCCGAUGGCUUCCGCGAGCACCUCCGGAGUGGUGCCCUCGACGAUAUUGAGGUCAUAGUUGAGCUUCAGGAAAAGAAGGAAAAACCGAAAAAUUCAGGAACGAAUGAAGGUGUGUUCAUCUCACUUGAAAUUCCUUCGUCGAUCGGUGGCCAGCGUCCGCAGACGGUGAAGAAGGUGAUGAAGAUAAAGGACGCCAUUCCUGCUGUACUGCAAGAGGAGCUCGACAAGAUUGUGGACACGGAGGAUGUUUCUGCUGAGGCGCUGCGUGCCUGUGAGGAGGAUGGCAUUGUGGUUAUUGAUGAGAUCGACAAAAUCGUAACAGCUUCCGGUGGCUACAAGGGACACCAGGCCUCUGCAGAGGGUGUUCAGCAGGACCUGUUGCCGUUAGUGGAGGGAACAACUGUUUCUACGAAGGGAAACGUGCAGAUCAAGACGGACAAGAUUCUCUUCAUUUGUAGCGGCGCCUUCCACAGCGUGAAACCGUCUGACAUGUUGGCGGAGCUGCAGGGUCGGCUUCCUAUUCGUGUAGAGUUGAAGCCCCUCACCAAGGAAGAUUUUCAUCGCAUUAUAACGGAGCCAAGGUACAAUCUCAUUAAGCAGCACGUCAUGAUGAUGAAAACGGAAGGUGUUGAUCUUGUCUUUACCGACGAUGCGCUAUGGGAAAUCGCGUCUAUCGCUGCACACAUCAACUCCACCGUGCAGAAUAUAGGCGCACGCCGUCUUAUCACCAUCACAGAGAAGGUUGUGGAGGAAGUCAGUUUCGACGGCCCUGACAGAAAAGGGGAAACGUUUGUUAUUGAUGCGGCUUACGUGAGGAACUCUGUCGAGAGCAUGAUGAAGAAGGUGGACAUCAAGAAAUUCAUCCUCUAG